GGGAAAGCAUAUAGGCAUACAAUGACUUUGAACUGCAUUUAUGGUUCCUUAUUUAACAAUUGAUGUUAAUCAUUACUCUUCUGCAAGCUGUUUUUCAAGAGCCACCAAGGCAUUGCUAUAGUGUAACACAGCUGAAAGAUGGAGAACGUAUUUUAUAGACAGCAUCAAUAAUGGCUGUACUCUUCAUUCCAGAAAUGAACCAAAGCCCAUUCUUAUAAGUUAUGUACGAGCCGAGACGGCACAACAUGCUCUGAACCUCAAGCAGGAGUUGCACAAAAUGAACUUCAGUGUAUACCUUGACAUUGAUGAGAUCAAGAUUGGAAGUGACUGGCAGGAUGCGCUCAAUUAUGCAGUGAGCGAGUGCCACUUAUUUGUGCCUCUAAUCAGUCCCAUGUAUGGCAAGACACAGUGGACAAACCGAGAGGUCAAGCUAGCAGAUGUGCUUCACAAAGUAAUCAUCCCUGUCAACUUCCUCGAGACCUGGCCACCAGAGUGCCUUGCUAUUCAGUUCGCAUCCACUCAGUACAUUGCAGCGUGGAAGGCUUCAGAACAUGAGACCGGCCAGGGCAAGCAGAACAGGCCAAUGGAUCAGUGUCCUGAUCUUGGAGCACCUACUGGCUCUACUCCCACGGGAGAGGGGUACAAAUAUGACUAUAGAGUUUGGGAUGAAACUAACUUGAAGCGAGUUGCCAAAGAGAUUGCUGAACGCUAUAGACAGACAGUCAAGAGGGAACAAAUUGCCGAACGUCGAAGCAAGACAUCCAGCUUAAAGAUCAAGCGAACUUCUCACUUAGGCACUCUUGCCACUGUUGAUGAGCAGUCAACAAUGCGAGUCAGUUCUAUAUCAGAAGCGGCCGCUGCCAUUUGUACAACAGAAUCGCUCGAACCUGUGGAGACCAAGGAGCUCAUUGUGAUAACGGCACAUCCGAAACAAAAGGAGAUGGUACAAGUUAUUGCAAGAAUGCUUGAGCAAGAUGGGUUCAGGGUCUGGAGCACAACAGAGCUGAAUGAAGCAAGAGACAGCUGUUCAGACACAGAAAGCAUUCCUACCAACCCUAACACACCUCGGGAGCUUGCACCCAUUCCAGAGGGUGAAAGAGUCUUUAGUGACACUUACAGGGAGGCCAACAACCGCAUCCUGGAACACAAGCGGCUAAGCUCACUUCGAGAGCAGGAAGCACCUGGAUAUGCCACAUAUUCUGUCACAGAAGGUCGUUCUGUCUGCCGCCUUACAUCACAGGCCAGUGAUGCGAGCGUUGUAUCUAUGCUUGCGGGAGAGAAACUAGAAAAACUGACUCGAUUCCAACAAAAGGCUGUUCAGGCUAAAGUUGUCAUUGUUUUGAUCACAAAAGAAUUCACAGCAUCACGCACCUCUGAACAACAGGUAUUCUAUAUUGAACACAGGAAGCGUGUAGUUUUGGUCAAGUGUGACGACUGCCCAAUCCCAUGCUGGUUCACGUCACUAAUGGGCAAUGACAUCAUUUCGAGGGAUAACCCCGAGUUUGAAAACAUACUGAGGAUCCGGAUAAGGCGUGCAACAAGCCCCGACACUUCAGAAACCCCAAAGGAUGCUGCCGCGGAAGCCACAAUGCAAUGCUUGGUAAGUUUCAUCAAGAAGGAAAUUCCGUCUCUGGAAACAUGCGUGUACAUUGCUGGGAGCAGCAAGCUGCAGUCAACAAGAUCAGUCGAAAUAUGCAGGGAGAUUGGCAAGGAGCUUGCAAAGAGGCCCAACCUGGCUGUUGUGACAGGAGGAUUCUUUGGAGCACCUGAUGUUGUAGCCAGGACGUUUCAUGAAUGCAGAGUCAACAAUGGCCACACUGACCCUCGAGUCUUUCACAUACUGCCCAAGCGAGAUGACAAGAUGUUCACUGGCAAAGUGCAGCAGAACAGUGAUGGUUCUUUUGCGGCAGUCAACUACGGGAGAAACCUGUUCCUCGGGAAUUCAGUCAAAGAACGUGAAAGUGCAGUGGCACGUGCUUUUGACACAUGCAUCGUGGUAGAAGGUGGUCCUUGUGCAGCUCACGAGGUUGAACAAUUCGUCUGGAGCGAUCACUUUGUUGUGCCUGUAGUCUCAACUGGAGGAGCAGCUGGUGGUCAGUUUGGCGUGCCUCUGAAGAUUUUAGAGACCCCACAUGGCAUCACUGAAGAGAAGUGGUCUGUCCUGUCUGAGAAAGAAGCACCCCCUACCGAAGUGGCCAAGGCUGUUGUGGAGAUCGUUGUGCAACUCAAACGAGCCAUGAUUUCCCACACCAAAUCACACUUGGUGCGUAACAAGUACAAAAAGCUCAAGAAGCGCAACAAACACAGCCGGGAACCAGCUGAGCAGCAGACAACAGAUGCUUCGCACACCACUGACUCUGGUCCCACCCCGAGUGUAAAGCCCACAGUGUCAUUCCGAACCAUGUCCCACUGGCAAAGGAUACUGAACUACUUUCGCAAGAAGUCCACUUCCUAGCAUUGUCUUCCAAGGACCAUCAUAGAAGUGGGGACACUCCAAAGAACAAACUAUUCUAGUUGCACUUGAGCGGCCUUGAUGCUGUGUCCUGGCAGACUGGUGUGCAAGUCAUCGGGUGCAUUUUAGUUUCUUGGAAAGUCACUGUCUUCCAUUCUCUAAAAAUGAAAGUGAAUUUCUGUGUUGUACAAUGGCACUUCAACAGCCUGCAUGCAAGCCUCAUCACAUCUUGUAGUAAUUAUCAUACAUCACAUCCUUUUAGCCACGAGGACAGCAUAUUUCUUUUGUGCUGUCAAAACUUAACUUUAUUGAGGUAUUCGAGAUAUGACAUCUCAUUCCAUCAGCAACAACUCAGCAGGUGCUUGCUGCCUCAUCUUCCUUCUCUCUUUUUUUUUUUUUUUCUCUAAAGGCCAACAUGUUAUCACAGUUUGAACCAACCUGCAAGCAGUUGUCGCCCUGCUUAGCAAGCUAUGCCAAACGCUAAACAGCAUUAUAUAUACAUGGCCUGAGUACAGAACUGAUCACAAUGAUUGUACAUAGUGUUGAUUCCACAUGAAUAAACUAUCACCUCUGCUGGACCACUUUCACUGGUUGGCAUGUAGCAGAAAGGGCCCAGCAUAGAAACUAAGCCAACCCAUGCUAUGUACAUGUGUGCCCAAACAGUCUCUUUCCUUGCUGAGGCUCACGUCAGCUUGAGGCGUUGACUGAAGUCCUUCUGUUGCUGCUCCUUCCACUCCCGCUUGACGUAGGUGCGCUUGAGCAAGCCAUCCCAGUUUAAGUCGAGCAGGCCACCCUGCUCGGCAAUCUUGGAUUUGACUCGGUUGGCAAACUCCACUGAUGACUCAUCAUCCUGAAAAGAGCAACAGCACACCUUUCCUUUGCCAGCCUCUGAUCACAGCAGUGUGUUCUUACAAAAGAAAGCAGCAAGAGGUCAAAUGGAAUAGGCAUAUAUUCAUGACAGAGGCAUGAUGGAUAACACAAUACAGCUUUAAUCCAAAGCAUGCGUCCUUUCACGUUGCUGCAAUGUACUCAGGAUAAUGCAAGGUGCAAUCAAAUAGGCACACAACUGGUCACAUUCCCCACAGAGUCCUAACAGGCCACAUGAAGCCCACUAGGCAUUGCACUUGUUCAUGUGUCUCAGAAUAAAGCUCUGCACCAGUCUGGCAACAGGCCAUGAAUCACAGAUGCUGCAAUACUGUGAAUUUUGUGUUAAGCAUUCAAAUGUACGUGUACUAGCAAAUGAAAC